UAGUGACUACACUUCCUGCACUAGCACAUAAGUGAGCAGUGCCGCCUGGUAUGUGUACAUAUACUGACUGAUAGCAGCAGAGCAGAUAGCCUGCAGCAGGGACAGCUGAGGAUUACACCUUCCCAAGAUUAGACAUGGCGUUCAACAAGAAGUUCGCCGGCCUGCAACUCCAAGAACAAGGUAUUGAUGUCAAGAAGUUUGAGCAGGAUUUCCUGGCUGCUCAUAAUAAGUAUCGGGCCCUGCACGGAUCCCCUCCUCUUCAGCUGAACACAGACCUCUGCCAAUCAGCGCAGAAAUGGGCCGACCACCUGCUGUCCAUCCGGACCCUGCAACACAGCGACAGCGAACACGGAGAAAACUUAUACUACAAGAGCAGCUCUAGCCCUAAAGACCUAGCAGGGAACGAGCCGGUGGACAGCUGGUACAGCGAGAUUAAAAACUAUGACUUCAGUAAACCCGGCUUUUCCGGCAAUACAGGCCACUUUACUCAAGUUGUCUGGAAGGACUCGAAGGAGGUCGGCUUUGGACUGGCUACGGAUAGUAAAAAAGUCUACUUUUUGGUGGCCCAGUACAAUUCAGCUGGAAACAUCACCAACCCAGGCUACUACGAGAGGAAUGUUCUGCCUUGCGUAGCGGCGCCACCUACUGCCAGUGCUGGGUCUGAUGCCCAGUUGAAACCAGCAUCCAACAAGGAACCAUCUGUAGCCAAGACAGACAGUGGUAGUGCACCUAGAUCCAGUGCUGACCAAGGUGUUGAAGGAAACCAGUUUGAGAAAGACUUUGUGUCUGCCCAUAACAUAUACAGGAAGAAACAUGGAUCCCCACCGCUGCAGCUCAACCGAGACCUCUGCCGCUCAGCACAGGCAUGGGCAGACCACCUGCUGUCCAUACAGACCCUCAAACACAGCGGGACGGACCAUGGAGAGAACUUGUACUACAAAUACAGCUCCAGCACCAGAGAGCUCCCAGGUCAGGAACCUGUUGAAUCAUGGUACGAUGAAAUAAAAAACUAUGAUUUCGGACGGCCUGGUUUCCGCAGUAACACAGGUCACUUCACCCAAGUUGUCUGGAAAGACUCAAAAGAAGUUGGCGUUGGUAUAGCGACAGAUGGCAAUGGUCUUUUCUUCGUGGUGGGACAGUACAACACGGCAGGCAACAUCACCAACCCAGGUUAUUUUGAAAAGAAUGUGCUGCCCUCAGGGACAGCCCCAACAGUAUCAGAUAACGAUGGAUCCAGUUCACGGUGGAAACCAAGUGUCACCAAGCCAUCAGAGCCAGAGAAGACAAGUGAUCGAAAGCAGCCAACGGCAGUAUUUGGCAGGCAAGCAGUAAAACUUGGCAAUUUUGAACAAGAAGCAUUGGACACUCACAAUAAGUAUCGCCGAUUGCAUGGGGCACCCCCUCUACAGCUGUCCAGAGAACUGAGUGAAUCUAGUCAGAAAUGGGCUAACCACCUUCUCUCCAUCAAUGCACUGCAGCACAGCAACACCAACCAUGGAGAGAACCUGUGGUACAAGUGGAACUCAAGUGUGAGGGACGCAUCUGGCUCCGAGGUUGUGGAUACAUGGUACAACGAGAUAAAAGACUACAACUUUAGCAAGCCAGGCUUCCAGUCCAACACCGGUCAUUUUACGCAGGUGGUUUGGAAGGACUCUAGAGAAGUUGGCAUUGCCAAGGCUGUGGAUGGCAAAGGGAUGGUGAUAGCAGUGGCGCAGUACAGUCCAGCUGGGAAUAUCACCAACCCUGGGUACUUUCAGAAGAACGUGCUGCCCAAGGGAACCCCAGUGACGGAGUUGACCACAAGCCCCACUGACCGAGGGACAUCGUCCUCCACCACCUAUUAUCCGUCCACACGCGGGGAAGAUUCUUCAUCUUCUACUGUGGAUCCGAGGGCAUUUGCAAAGGAAUUUCUGAAGGCAAACAACGCUUACCGAUCGCAACACGGAGCCAAACCCCUGCAGCUGAGCACCCGGAUUAGUCAAGAUGCCCAGAAGUGGGCGGAGCAUCUCUUGACCUUAAAGACACUAAAGCACAGUGACACAUCCUGUGGAGAGAAUAUCUGGGCUAAAACGGGAAGUCCGUCCAUCACUGUGACAGGUCAGGAAGUUGCGGACAGCUGGUACAAAGAAGAGAAGAACUACAAUUUCUUCAAACCAGGCCACCAGCCGGACACAGGACAUUUCACCCAGAUGGUAUGGAAGGCUUCUAAGGAGGUUGGAGUUGGCAUCGCAUCGAGCGGAAAGGGCAUGUUCAUUGUUGUAGCCCAGUACCACCCAUGUGGGAACAUCACCAACCCUGGGUUCUACGGCCGUAACGUCCUUCCCCGGGGCUCCAAAAUCACAGACGAUGAUGAUGAUGAAGAUGGUUUUGUGAAGGAUUCGGCUCCCAAUGACGUCGUUGCUAUUCCAGAUAAAGACCUGAAAACAUUCCGGAAAGAUCUACUGAAUGAGCACAACAAGUACAGGCGCAUGCACGGAUCGGGAGCCUUGCAGAUCAGCACCUCACUGACCCAGGAGGCCCAGAAAUGGGCGGAUCACUUAGUGGGGGUCCGCGCUCUACAAAACAGUGCUACCGAACAUGGGGAGAACCUCUGGUACCGCUGGGGUACAGACACCAGCCUGCCUACCGGAAAGGAAGUGGCAGAAUCAUGGUACAAUGAGAUCUCAAAGUACAACUUCAGCACCCCUGGGUUCCAGAGCGGAUCAGGGAACUUCACCCAGAUGAUCUGGAAAGGGUCUAGCCAGGCCGGGUUUGGACUGAGCACAGACAAUAAAGGAAUGUACAUCUCUGUUGGCUUCUACGACCCUGCCGGUAACAUCGCCAACAAAGGAUACUUCGAGGACAAUGUCCUGCCAAAAAAGAAGUGACCUAGAACUACUACCCCUAAUAUCAAGCACUCACCAACACUCGAUUUAUUGAAUGGUUCAGAGCUCCCUCUAGUGGUAGGUCCCUCUUACUACAGCUGUCAGGGAUUCCAUCAUUGGACUGUACAAUUCUACGCAAAAUUGAAAGAAAUUUCACAUUUAGAGUUAAAUGAAGGAUGUGUUUAGUAAGCGGAAGAAUUUGAUUUAAAAAUUCUACACAUUGACCAUCGAAUACAUGUCAAGGUUCCUCCAUUAUGGCGGCUGUUCCCCAGUGGGUUUUCCUUUUGGUGAUGCAUGAUCUGUAUAUAGUUUUCAUUAUGAAGGAAAUUGAGGUGACCUAGUGAGGGCACCACUAUACGGCUCGAUCUGUUUUGAAGCUGUCAUGGCUGCCAUUUUUAUGGACAACGAUGGACCAUGAUGGAGGGUUUUGAAUUACGUUUAUUACCACUUUAUUUGGGAGGAAAUGUCUUAAAGAAAUUUUCCACUUUCCGUUUAUAGCCAAAAUUCCAUAGCUGAAAAUUCUGUUGGUUGCCCCUUGGAAUCGGACAGCAUUGUGUUGUCAGACACACUCCGAUUAAGGUAUUUGAGACUCUUUAGAACAAAGUACUUUGAAGGGUCACAAUACUGGUGGGGUUCACAUAUCUUAAAUAGAAGAAGCAGGAUUCCUUUUUCCGUUCUUUUGGAUAGAGGGGCCAUCUAAAGUAGUGACAUACAAAGAAGGGAAGGGGCGCCAUUAUUUACUGUCUCCGACCUAUCUUGGAACAUUUUGCCACCCACUGCCGUUCCUCUAGGGAGUGGCAUCCUGCACAGUCCCGCCAUCCAAUAGAAAAGUCUAUAGGACCAACCAAAGCUGGGGCCAUGGACCUCAUGGUCUGCCUCUAUAGCAUCUACACCCUCAAUCCAAAGUUCUCCUGGGGUUUAACCACUGCUAUUGAAGGAUGGAGACUGUAUGGCAUCUAUUUAUUCCUGAGCUUUUAUUUUUCAACAUUUUGUGUUUAUACCACUAUUCAGACAAGGUACGGAGAUUGUUCGUGUCUAGGGAUAAGCGAACCCGUGGAAGUUCGGGUUCGGCCAAACUUCAGGUCAAACCUGACCCCGAACCCGGACCCCAUUAAAGUCAACAGGAACCCGAACUUCACUUUAUUAUUUUCGGUUAUAACAUUGUUAU